UUUUUCUUGUUAUUGAUUUUUAACGCCGGUUGUUUAUACAACCAAAAUUACAAUUGUCACUUUUGACACUUGAAGGUUAUGUUCUUCAGCACCUGAUUCUGAAAUUUUUCUUAAUUAAUUAAAAAAAAAUGGCUUUAGUUGCCAGAGGAGCCCUUUUUGAACGUUUGAGCCCCCUCGUCCAAGCCAAACGUUUCAGAGGCAAAAUCAAUAUUCAGCGCCCCAAACCCGUACAUCCGGAAAGAGCCAUUUUAAUGGAAUUAACAAAACCAUUCUUUAUCAGUAGCAAAAAAGGCAAAAAACCCAUAGACUUGUGCACAAAAUUACAAGAUAAAUUUGUUAGAGAUGAACACAACCCAUUUCAACAAAUAAUCGCUGGAGAAUUGAGAAUGUGGUUCAACACUUCACGACUAGUCGCCUUUUAUCACUUGAAUCCCAUGAAAGCAGAUCAAAGAUUUAAAGCUUAUGCAAUGUUUAAAAAAGAUAACAUGCAUUUAAAACAGUAUGGCAAGAAAACCCUUGAAAUUGCAUUAAAGGAUUCAAAAUUUGAACCGGUUUUGGAUUUUUAUGUCUCGCAAAACAUGAUAGUGUUCAGUCCGGAACCAGAAGUUAGGAAAUUGUUAAAAAUCACCAAAAAGUUUCCCCAGCUUGUCUUAUUAGCUGCCAUAUUUGAGGGAAAAUUUGUAAGUAAAGAUGAGUUAAUGGAAUUAGAGAAAAUACCAAACUUGCAAACAGCUCAAGCAGUUUUGGUUCAAACUCUCAACAGUGCGGCCACCACAAUACAUCAACAAUUGAACCAACACCAAAAUACCUUAGUUUCACAACUCCAACAAAGAAUAAAGCAAUUGGAAUAGUUUGAUAAAUAUAUUUCGUAGAUCAUU